AUGGCAUUCAUUCGGAUGUACCAGGAUUCGGACAAGGAUGCAAUGAUACACAUCUUCCGCGAGACAUGUGCCCCAGACCUCAUCACCGGAGGCGACACGGUCCUCCACUACGCCUCCUUCCUGUGGUGUCGACCCUACCUGAUGUUGCGACCCGAAAGCUGCUUCGUCGUAGACGAUGGCACAGGACGCGCGGUGGGGUACCUCCUCGGCGUUCCCGACACGGUUGGCUUCGUGCAGGACUACCGCGAAAAAUACAUACCGUACUUGAAGUCGGAAGGGUUCGAGAAGCCCGAACCCGACGAGCCCACGGGAUGGAACGAGCACCUCCCCAACGCGCUCAGGCAGAUCAUGUUCAAUCCAGAAGGAAUGUUGCAAACAGGUCACCCGCGUAUGAUGGACGAAUGGCCCGCGCAUCUGCAUAUAGACCUGCUGGACACCCAUCAGCGGCAAGGCUGGGGGCGACAAUUGAUCGAUCGCUUCUGCGCGCUGGCCAAAGAACACGGCGCCAAAGGGGUACACCUCGGCAUGGCGGCGGCGAACGAAAACGCAUACAAGUUCUACGCUCGCGUGGGAUUCACCCGGUUCCCUGUUUGUCUCGACCAGGGUGUGAGUGGUGAGUUAGGCCAGAACGGCAAUACGAUCUGGCUCGUCAAAUCUCUUUAA